AUGUGGAUAAGACUUGAAGAACUGAUUAGUUCAUUAUCAGAGGUGCUAGUGUGAGCACUCUCAAAUUUCCGGCAGCUAUUGCAAAAAUUUUACAUUUUCAAAAAAAAUAAAUAAAUUUUUUUUCUCUUAUGUUUUUGUUCAGUUAAAUUUUAUUAAAAAAAAUUUAAUUUACAUUUGAUUAAUUUCAAUAUUCAUAAGUGUUUUUUUUUUAUUCAACAACAUGACGUUAAAACAAAAAUUACUUUUUGGCAUUUUAUUAUUCACACUAUUUAAUCAAGGUUACUGUUUAACAUGUAAAGUCUGUAUAAUCGAUAGUAAUGGAAAAUGUGUUGAGAGAGAUGAAGUUUGUUUAGUUCCUUCAAUAACCACUACCGCACCUUCUACUCCGGCACCUACUACUCCGGCACCUACUACUCCGGCACCUACUACUCCGGCCCCUACUACUCCGGCCCCUACUACUCCGGCACCUGCUACUCCGGCACCUGCUACUCCGGCACCUGCUACUCCGGCACCUGCUACUCCGGCACCUGCUACUCCGGCACCUGCUACUCCGGCACCUGCUACUCCGGCACCUGCUACACCGGCACCUGCUACACCGGCACCUGCUACACCGGCACCUGCUACACCGGCACCUGCUACACCGGCACCUGCUACACCGGCACCUGCUACACCGGCACCUGCUACACCGGCACCUGCUACACCGGCACCUGCUACACCGGCACCUGCUACACCGGCACCUGCUACACCGGCACCUGCUACUCCGGCACCUGCUACUCCGGCACCUGCUACUCCGGCACCUGCUACUCCGGCACCUGCUACUCCGGCACCUGCUACUCCGGCACCUGCUACUCCGGCACCUGCUACUCCGGCACCUGCUACUCCGGCACCUGCUACUCCGGCACCUACUACUCCGGCACCUGCUACUCCGGCACCUGCUACUCCGGCACCUGCUACUCCGGCACCUGCUACUCCGGCACCUGCUACUCCGGCACCUGCUACUCCGGCACCUGCUACUCCGGCACCUACUACUCCGGCACCUACUACUCCGGCACUUACUACUCCGGCACUUACUACUCCGGCACUUACUACUCCGGCACCUGCUACUCCGGCACCUACUACUGCGGCACCUACUACUCCGGCACUUACUACUCCGGCACUUACUACUCCGGCACUUACUACUCCGGCACCUACUACUCCGGCACCUACUACUCCGGAACUUACUACUCCGGCACUUACUACUCCGGCACUUACUACUCCGGCACCUGCUACUCCGGCACCUACUACUCCGGCACUUACUACUCCGGCACUUACUACUCCGGCACUUACUACUCCGGCACCUGCUACUCCGGCACCUACUACUCCGGCCCCUGCUACUCCGGCACCUGCUACUCAGGCACCUGGUACUCCGGCCCCUGCUACUCAGGCACCUGCUACUCCGGUACCUGCUACUGCUGGACCAGUCAAAUCGUUGUUAAACAAAGUUGCCUCUCCAUUGACAGUUUUAAGUCGUCAAAAUCGUUUUGUUCGAUCAUUAUCUCGGGCAAAGGAUGGUUUUACUUGUUACACAAUUUUCGAUAAAGAAGACAGUAAGAAAGUUUUAGAAAAAGGAUGUUCACUAGAAAAGGAAUCAAAAUGUAACGAGUCAAAUAAAGAUACGUGUAAGGAGUGCGAUGAUGAUAAAUGUAACUCCUCUGAAUCUAUAAUGAAGAUUAGUCUUAUCACGAUUCUAGUCCCACUUUUGUUAAUUGUUAUUUAAUUAUAUAUAUAAAUUAUAUAAAACUGCAAAUCAAAUCAUUUUUUUAAUACAAAAUAUUUUCUACAUCGUAUAAAAAAAACUAUUUUCAUUACUUCCAUUAAACUGAAUUUGAAAAUAAAAAUAAAACUAAAAUAGAUCCUCGAAAUUCAA